UUGUUUCCGGAAAUGAGGAUGAUUUUUGUCCCGCGGAAGCCGGCAGAAGGUUGAUUAAAGGCGAAAGAGCUUCAAAGAGAGCUGUCAUGGCGCCUCCCAGGAAGAGCGCCUUGCCCAAGCCGCUCCCCGAGGGCUUCCUGCUCACCGACGGCGAGAAGAAGACGUGGCGGCUGGGGAGGCUCAUCGGUCAAGGCGGCUGUGGACUGAUCUAUCUGGCCGCUGAGGACUCGGGCAGACCCGUGGCAGAGGACACACACUUCGUCAUCAAAGUGGAGUACCAGCAGAACGGCCCGCUGUUCUCCGAGCUCAAGUUCUACCAGAGGGCAGCCAAGGCGGAGAGCGUGAGGAAGUGGGUGAGAGCGAGGAGCCUGGAGUCCCUGGGCAUCCCGGCGUACUGGGGCUCCGGACUGGCCGAGUGGAACGACCUCAGGUACCGCUUCAUGGUCAUGGACCGGCUCGGCAGCGACCUCCAGAAAGUCUGCGACGGCAGCCGGGGCCGGCUGAAGAAGGCCACGGUGCUGCAGCUCGGCCACAGACUGGUGGACGCUCUGGAGUACAUCCACGAGAACGAGUACGUCCACGCCGACAUCAAAGCCGCCAACCUCAUGCUGGGCUACACCGACCCCGAGCAGGUUUACCUGGCGGACUACGGGCUGUCCUACAGGUACUGCCCCGACGGCGUCCACAAGGAGUACAAGGAGAACCCCAAGAAGGGCCACAACGGGACCGUGGAGUACACCAGCGUCGACGCCCACCGAGGAGUCGCGCCGUCCAGACGCGGCGACCUCCAGAUUCUGGGCUUCUGUCUCCUCCACUGGACGUGCGGUUCUCUUCCCUGGGACAGUUUCCUCACACAACCAACUCGAGUCCAGGAGGCCAAAGCCAGACUGAUGGAUAACCUGCCAGAGUCCGUGCAGCAGCUGUCAGUGGGCGGAGCCAGCACAGACGAAGUGGCUCGGUUCCUCCUCUACGUGGCAACGCUGGACUACCAAGAGAAGCCCGACUACAAGUACCUCAAAGAAAUACUGGGCGGCGACGCCCGGGGCAGGCUGGACUUCUCCACGCCCGGCGGCGCUGUAGGGGACUCGUCCGCCAGCAGGGACAAGAAAACACAGCGAGCCCGGGGAGCCCCCAGAGCCCAGCCCGGUCCUCCGGAGGGGGGCGACGAGCUCCACGGAGCGGCCAAGCCCAAACCAGUCCCCGCCCAGUACAUCAGAGGACCACCGAUCAGCAGGCCUCCGCCCCAGUCACCACCGAAGCAGGAGGUCGCAGGCGGCGGGAGGAGACCACGGCGGUCCAGAGCCGCUCCCGUCCAAGAAAGCAGCAGUGAGGAAGAGGAGGAGGAAGAGGAGGAGGAGAAAGGCCGACCCAAACCCAUCGCUGCCUGCUACCUGCGCGGCCCUCCGAUGAGCGCCGGCGGUUCCUCCAAACAGAGGAGGGGCAACAGGCGGCAGCAGCCCGACACGCCGAGACGCCGGCCGCCGGUCUGCAGCCAAGAGACGCAACGCCUGCUGGAGUCCAGGUGGAGACGCAACGAGGAGCAUCUCCUCCACCCCAGCAACGAGGAGCAUCUCCUCCUCCGCCCCAGGAGGCGCUCGGGCGAAGCCGAGAGGCCGGCGUCCAGCCCGGCGUCCUGGCUCGUCCCCGUGGUCGUCCUCUUCCUGCUGGUCGCCGUCCUCGGAGCUUCGCCCAGCCCGUUCAGACUCCUGUGAGCAGGCAGAAGUUCUUCACGGCGCGUGCGCCGCCAUUUUCACGGUGAUGGGCUGCGGAGAGGAGAGGCUUUUAAUAUGUCGCCUUUUAACUGAAUG